UUUUACUGUUACACAAUCUCUUAGUUAAGAGACCCUUGGCCUUGUGGGACUGACAAGCGAGUAACAAGAGGGAGAGAGUAGAGUGCAUAAAUUGAAUUGCAAGCACGAGCAAGUACUUGGUUUUGGCUUGGGGAAACGAAGGAAGAAUGGCGCAGCAACUUGGAGUUCCAUUUAAGUUAUCAUGCAAACCCUCUCACAUUCACGCUCUUAAACCCUUUCACUCUCUCCCUCCCCUUCGCACCUUCACCACCAAACCUUCUCUUAAUGCCAAAUCCCAUCAUCAUCAUCAUCCUUUAUUAACGCUUCUUCGUUCCCACCGCACUCUCGCACCCUGCUGCAACUCCAACAAAUCAGAUAUAAUGUCACAAUUGGAGCUUGGGAAACCGGAGCAAAAGGGGAAACCGGAGAAGCGAGUAAAUGGUAUAUUCUGGAUCAUUCUCCUCAACAUUGCCAUAUUCGUCGCUGACCACUUUUUUCGGGUUAAUGGGAUCAAGGCUUUAUACUUGUACCACAAUUGGCCUUCUUGGUACCAGUUUGUCACAGCUACAUUUUGUCAUGCUAAUUGGAAGCAUCUUUCUAGCAACCUUUUCUUCUUGUACAUUUUUGGAAAGCUUGUUGAAGAAGAGGAAGGGAACUUUGCUUUGUGGCUUUCUUACAUUCUUACUGGUGUAGGAGCCAACCUUGUUUCAUGGUUGGUUUUACCAAGAAAUACGGUUUCUGUUGGAGCUUCUGGUGCUGUUUUCGGGUUAUUUUCUAUCAGUGUCCUUGUAAAGAUGUCCUGGGAUUGGAGGAAGAUCCUUGAAGUGCUUAUAUUGGGUCAGUUUGUUAUAGAGAAGGUCAUGGAAGCAGCCCAAGCUUCAACAUCAUUGUCAGGCCGAGGAGGCUACGCAUUGCAAAGUGUAAAUCACAUUGCACAUCUUUCUGGUGCUCUUGUUGGUGUGCUUUUGGUUUGGCUCCUUAGCAAAGUUCCUUCAGAUCCUUCUGACCAAUAAUCCACGCAGCUCUACAAAACAGGCCAAACUCCUUAGCAAAGUUCCUUCAGACCCUUCACAAAUGUCAUUUGUUUUGCUAUUUCUGUUACUGUUGUUGAUACUAAGCGUCAAAAUAACAGCAAUAUGUCAAUGGUAGGGGUAUUGUCUUGUUAAGAACUUACUAUAUAGGCUUUGUUGUCAUAAAAACCUUUGUAUCGAGAAGGAUUCUCUUUAAACCCAAAAGUUUAUUGAAUGUCUAUGGAAUUGUAUAUAGCGAGGAAUAAUGUUACUUACAUAAAUUUUAUGCUCAUUGUAUAUGCUAUUUUAUAUUUUAAAAGCUAAA